AUGUCAAAACUAAAUAAUGCCCAAGCAACAACUAUAAUCAGACAAGAAAUAGAUAUUCCCAAUUUGACAUCUUAUUUAGCUUCAAGAAUUCCUGAAAUUAAGUUACCAAUAGAAACCCAACAAUUCAAAUUUGGUCAAAGCAACCCCACAUAUCUCCUAAUUGAUGCAAAGUAA